GCUCAGGAGGGCUGUUUUAUUGAUUUAUUGUCGAUCGCUGUUCGCGGUUGUUUUGGUGUAAAACUAUGAAUGACGACGAAGGAAUCGACUUUCGUAAACUUGAAAAGGAGCUUGCCUUAGCUGUGGAAGCGGACGAAAAAUAUCUUCGAGAGAACGAUGCGAAAUUUCGAGCUGUGAACCAGAGAGUUGGUAGCUAUGAAGAGUUUCGAGACAUUGUCAGCGCAGCUCAUUUGAAACCUUUGGAGAGAAAAGAUAUUACAGGUGAAAAUACACGCAAACAACCCUGGAAUCCACAUGCUCAAGGCAAGUCACAGACAGUGGUAGCAACACCAACAGCACAAAGUGCCACAUUGUCUACUUCAUCAAAAAAUCCUAAAACUGCUCAUGAAUUUACAAAAAUUUGGAAACGUUACUGCAAAACAGAAGAGGAAAAAUACCAACUUUUGUUAAAACUUGGAGGCGAUGAGCUCAGAACAAUUUUCAAAGCAGAGAUAAGUAUGGGGCAUUUAGGAGAAUUUCUCCUGAUUCUCAACAAUUGUCUGAAUGAAAAGGACUCCAGUGAUAUUUUUAACAUCCUAAUAGGACUUUCCAAGACAAACAGAUUUGAUCUUUCUCUAAAGUUUCUUAGGGAGGAAGAAAAAAAUGCAGCAUCUAGUCUCAUCAAAAGACUGGAAGAUGUGACCUCUAGUAGAGAAACUUUUAACAAAGAAGUGGAAGAAGAAAAGAGAAAAGACUCAAGAAGACUUUUAGAGCUGAGUGAAAUAUAUGGCGUUACCAUGGCAAGUUGA